AUGAAGUCUACUGUUUUUAAGGAAGGCGAUAUUGUUUUAGUAAAGCGAAUAAAAACCUCGAAAGUUCAGAAUAACCUGCUUGGUCCUUAUAAGAUAAUAGCCAUAAGAGAGAGUACUGCGAUUUUACAAAAAGUUGGUAAAACGAAAGAGAUCAUAAAGGCACCCGUUGAUCAGAUUAUUCCUUAUAAUAAUGGUGUAGAAAUCGAUGUACUAAAUAUAAACGUUUUCAGUUGUGCUGAUCCACGACAUCAUUAUCAGGACCCGAAAUGUGCCACACAGGACAUUCUGAAAAAAGUCUGCCGAGAAAUAGUUACGCUGCCUCCUCUACUACAGAAUCAUACAAUGCCAGCUCCUCUUCAUUUGGCGAAAUUACUCGAGUUGUUGGAUAACGGUGUGCUGGAAACAGAGAUGCUGAAGGAGAUUGCUAAAAAUAGUGAGAAACUAUCGAUUAACAAGGAAUAUCUAUUUUGCAUACGCAAAUUAAUUUGCAUCCAAGUGGACUUGGUAAGUGACCUUACCGAUACCGAAGGAUGA